AUGGCAGGAUAUAGUUUAGGACCUUACAGUUACUGGAGUGGUCUCACCCUUUCUCUUUUGACUAUUGUUGGAUUGUAUAUGCUCUUCACUGGCUCCGGCGAGCAGUUCAAUGUUGGCAAAUUACUUCAAGAAAUCUCCCCUUUUGCUUGGGCCUUGACUGGUAUGGGCCUUUGUAUUGGUCUUUCCGUCACUGGCGCUGCCUGGGGUAUCUUUAUUACAGGUUCUGCAUUGUUGGGUGGUGCCGUCAAAACACCUCGUAUUCAGUCCAGAAACUUGAUUUCCAUCAUUUUCUGUGAAGUCGUAGCCAUCUAUGGUGUUAUCAUGGCCAUUGUCUAUUCUGCUAAAUUGACUGAUGUUCCUCCCGAAAACCUCUACUCCAACUCCAACUACUUUACUGGCCAUGCUAUCUUUUGGGGCGGUUUAACUGUUGGUGUUUGUAAUCUGUUGUGUGGUCUUUCCGUCGGCGUCACUGGAUCAAGUGCUGCUUUAGCAGAUGCUCAAAACCCUGAAUUGUUUGUCAAGGUGUUGGUGGUUGAGAUUUUUGGCUCUGUGCUUGGCCUCUUUGGCCUUAUCGUUGGUCUAUUGACUACGGGUAAAGCUGCCGAUUUCCAUUAA